CCCAAGAGCUGGAAGAGGGGGGCCCCAUGGAUUUAGGGGGGAGGGGAAAAGCCAUGGGGGGCACCCCCCCGGAACCCCUUUCCCAGGCGCGCGCUCUCCGCUGGAAGAGGCGCAGAGAGACAUUUUCCUCAGGAUCUUAAGUGUGGGGGAGGCUGGCUGGGGGGCUCAUCUGGCCCCAACGCCCGAGGCUCGAAAAAGAGAGUUGGCGGAGGGAGAGGACUACGUGCCGGGCCAUGGCCUAGGCCCUUUGGCCCCGGCCCCGGCCACAAUGACCUCUUUGCCUUGCCCCGUCCCUGGCCCGGACCCCUCCAAAGCCAUCUUCCCGAACAUCGCCCCCGUCCCAUCAGUAGUGGCUGCCUACCAGCUUGGCUUGUCUCCCGCAACCGCAGCAGCCUCCGACUUGCCCUAUUCUGGGCCGUAUGGCCACCUCUUGCCCUACCCUUACGCCGGGCCGGCGACCCCCAGAGACUCCUACCUGCCCUGCCAGCAACCCGCGGCGCCCUCCCAGCCGGCUCAGCAGGAGCGGGAGGCAGGCUCCGAGAAGCCGCCGCUGUCCCCGGAGCCCUCGGAGCGGCGCCCGCAGGCCCCGACCAAAAAGCUGCGCAAGCCGAGGACCAUCUACUCGAGCCUGCAGCUGCAGCAGCUGAACCAGCGUUUCCAGCACACGCAGUACCUGGCGCUGCCCGAGAGGGCUCAGCUGGCCGCGCAGCUCGGCCUCACCCAGACCCAGGUAAAGAUCUGGUUUCAGAACAAACGCUCCAAAUACAAGAAGCUCCUGAAGCAGAACUCGGGGGGACAGGAAGGGGACUUCCCUGGGAGGCCCCCCUCCCUGUCUCCCUGCUCCCCACCCCUUCCAUCCCUCUGGGAUCUACCCAAGGCAGGGGCCCUGCCCACCGGUGGCUAUGGCAACAGCUUUGGAGCCUGGUAUCAGCAUCACUGCCCAGAUGUCCUGGCUCCACCUCAGAUGAUGUGAGUCUGGGGAAGGGCAGCUCGGCCCCCAGCCCUCUUACAAAGCCCAGGACCCAGCCCACCUGCACCCCUUCUGGACUGGGAGGAAACCAGCUCCAGAUGGGUUUUCUCUGGAGGAUGAGGAGCUAGAGAAAAAGGAUGGGGUGGAGUCCUGUCCCCUUUGCCCCAUAACCCAAACAGCCUAAUCAAGGACUUUGCUCUUAACCACUGCCCCCCACUGCUACCAUGGACUGGACACCUUCCCUCCAGCUGGUCAAGGCUCUGGUGAGAGAGUCACUGGCUGGCGUUCGGAUGGCUCCCAGAAUCCCUAGCCUUGCCACUUCUUCCGUGAGGGGGUUGCAGUCCCACCACAGCCUGGGGUCAAGCCAGCAAGAAACACUGAGUGUUUUUUCUCUUUGUGUGCCUUGGGCCUUGCCCAGGCUCUUGGCGAGCAAAAGCAGAAGUGCAGUGGACAUCCAGAGUCUUCGAGUUGACCACCGUUGGGUCCCGCCCACCGACUUUUCCUGGAGGUCAGCCCAUUGCCCCGUAACUGGUAGACCUGCUCACCAUCCUGUGAGGUAGAAGGGAUGCUGAAAAUGUGGAGUUUUGUGGACCUAUGGGUAAUUUAUGCUCUCUUCCUAAAAAAGCCCUCCUUCCCCCAUGUCUAUCCACUUUGAGUAAAUAAUGGAUCCAAUUAUCAUAGAAUUCCACCAGUAUUUAUUAAGAGCCUGUUCCCCAUCCCUAAUACCUAACCAAUGCACACGCACACACUCUCGGGAACCCAGAAGGGAACACUUUGGGGAGAAUGGGGACAAAUGAGCUUUCUGGAUGAGUGUAGGUGGAGAUACCCCCAAAUAGGUGGGGUGGACCCUGCAAUCAGCUCCUCACAGCUAAUCUGUCUAGCAUCCCCCCAAGCUCUUACCAUCCCCCAUCCCAUGAGCUCUCAGAGAUUAAAGUUAGUACAAAA